GUUGGAGCAGGCAGGAAGGAGGCCACUGGUGAUCUUGCCCAGAGAAAAGCUUCAGCAUGCAUAGCCUUCCAUUGCUGUUGCUUCUCUGGGGUACCUGCUCAUACAGUUUCCCUGUGUUUCAGGAUGGACUCCGGCAAAAUGUGGAGACAGCCUGGAAAUACCUGGAAAAAUACUACAACCUGGGCAAAGACUUGCAAGCUAAAAACGUGACUAGCAAGGAGGUGAUGGCUGAAAAGCUGAGGCAAAUGCAGCAGUUGUUUGGGCUGAAAGUGACUGGAAAUUCAGAUCCUGAAACUCUAAGAGCGAUGAGCAAGCCCAGGUGUGGGGUGCCUGAUGUGGCCCCAUAUGCCAUUACUUACAACAAUCCUCGUUGGACCAAAACACAUCUGACUUACAGCAUUUUAAACUACACACCAUAUUUGCCAAGAGCAGUUGUGGAAAAUGCCAUCGAGAGAGCCUUUAAAGUCUGGAGUGAUGUGACACCACUAACAUUUGAAAGGGUCUUUGAAGAGGAAGGAGAUAUUGUGUUCUCCUUCCACAGAGGAGACCAUGGUGACAACAACCCAUUUGAUGGACCUAACUAUGGACUUGCUCACACUUUCCCGCCAGGCCCACGUUUGGGAGGUGAUGUUCAUUAUGAUCUUGAUGAGACAUGGACUGACAACAGUGAGAAUUUCAACUUGUUCUAUGUUACGGCUCAUGAACUGGGCCACUCCCUUGGACUUACUCAUUCUAGAGAUAUAGGAGCACUAAUGUUCCCCAGCUACACAUGGUACACUGAAGACUUUGUGCUAAACCAGGACGAUAUUAAUCGCAUCCAGGCUUUAUAUGGCCCUUCACCAAAUCCCAUCCAGCCAACAGGUGCAACAACACCACAUCCAUGUGAUAGUCAUCUAACCUUUGAUGCUAUAACUACAUUUAGGGGAGAGGUGAUGUUCUUUAAAGGCAGGUUCUACAUUCGUGUAAAUAACUUCAUGCCAGAAGCUGAGCUCAAUUUGAUAGGUAUUCUCUGGCCAAAUCUGCCAGGUAAACUUGACGCUGCUUAUGAAGUUAGUAUGAUAGAUCAAGUCCGCUAUUUCAAAGGAAAUAAAGUCUGGGCUGUUCGAGAACAAAGUGUACUGAGAGGAUUCCCCAGAGACAUCCACAGCUUCUUUGGUUUCCCUAGCAAUGUGACACACAUUGAUGCUGCUGUUUCUGAGGAAGAGACUGGAAAAACAUAUUUCUUUGUUGACCACAUGUACUGGAGGUAUGAUGAAAAUACCCGGUCCAUGGAUUCAGGUUAUCCUAGAUUAACAGCAGAAGACUUCCCUGGAAUUAAUGAUAAAGUUGAUGAUGUUUUCCAGAAAGGCGAAAAUUUCUAUUUCUUCCACCAAUCAGUUCAACACAGAUUUAACCUCCGAAUAAGAAGAGUUGAUGAUUCCCGUGAUUCUAGUACCUGGUUCAACUGCUAAAAAUAUUGGCAACUCUAAGUUAAUGGAAAUGCAUAUUCCAUGAUAAUUUAAAGAAGAUACUUUUCUGAAGCCAAACAUUGUUAUGGGUUUUUUUUACCUUACAGAAGUGCUGAUACACAGAGCUACCAAGUACAAAUUAAUUUUAUUUCACAAGCUUUCACAAUUUAUAGUAUAAUAUUUUAUGAACUAAAACAGUUUAGUUCCACAAUUGACAGCCCAAGAAGUUCAUGUCAUGGUUGAAGAGUCACUGAAGAAGGACAUUUGUUCAGUGGAUGACUCUCACUGUGAUGCUAGGCCUCAUCUUUCAAGAGAGGAGGGUCAACAGAGAAGCUCUUCCCAGAGUAAACGUGGCUCUGAACACAGGAACAGGUACUCAAGAGGAAACACAUUGCUGCUUUGGUUGUGGUAUUUAAGGGAGGAUCUUACAGUCCAGUGGACUCUGAAUUCUUCUAUCUCUUAUUCCCACAUUCUGGCAUUCUGUAAUGCCUAUUGUGCCCAGCUAAGAGACAUUUCCUGUCCAAAAGUAUUUGAUACUUAAAUAAAGCCACUCUUAUCUCUAAAGUUUUAUAAG